CGUGACUCAUUCACAAUAAAGUAGUGUCCGUGUAAGCAAUUUAAAUUCGCCUUGGUUAAGCAACCUGAAUUAAUUAAAAAAAAAAAUAAGGCAUAAAAACUAGCGAAUAAAAUGUGAAAUAUGUUCGUGUUCUCUGUUGGAGAUUGUUAAGUAUAUAAUUAUUUAUAAAUUUAAUCCUACGACACCAACAGGGUAUCAAUCGUGUCCCAAAUAGAAAUGGAAUUUCACCUGAAAUAAAGGACAAAGCAAGUUUCAAAAAUAAAAUUGAUAGAAAUUCCUGGAAAUUCCGAAGAUUUAGAUAUACUAAUGGAAAUAAUUUAAAUAUAAAUACAUACAUGAAAAAUAAUGAGAAGAAAGUGAAUUGCUAUCACUGGGAGAUUAACAAUGUUCAGCGGAAUGGAAGACAGAUUAGAAUUGACGGCAACACCAGAAGCCAAAUAUCAAAAGUUGGCUAGCGAAUACUCAAAACUACGAGCGCGUGCUAGUGUACUCAGAAAAGCGGUUUUAGAUGAACAGUCAAAGGGAGACGGCUUACGGGAACAAUUGCGGCAUAGUGAAACGUCACUUCGACGGGCGGAGCAAGAAGUGGACUCUUUGGGUUUUCGAAACAGGCAGUUAGAACAUAGAGUAGCAGUUUUGCAAGAUGAAAUCGCAACGCAUGAAGGGCGCAAUAAACGCGAUAAAGCUAGUAAGGGCGAACCAUUGCAGUCAGCAGAAGGAAGAGUUACUGGAGCUGUUGGAGACUUGGCACAGGAUGCUCUGAUUUUCGAAGAACUUCAAAAGAAAAUAAUGGAAAACGCAGAACUAACCACAAUGAUUGAUGACAAAGAGCGAGAUCUGCAAAUUCAUAACGAACGCAUUGCUAGUUUGGAACAAAUGCUAGAUAAGCGUGUUGCUGAAUUCACAGAGACAGAAAAACGAUUACGUCGUGAAAUGGAAACGCUAGAA